CGCGUUCGACGCGCUGCGCAUUCGGUGACGAGAAUGAAUUCAAGAACACAUAGGUAGGACAAUGGGUGUGUAAACGAAACUGGGGAAUCACUUCUUGGUACACGUACUAGAUUUGUUAGAUCGGGUCAAAUAAGAUGUCGAGCCGGACCAGACCUGGCUACUGUCGCCAGGACGUGAACAAAACCACCUGGGAGGUACCGGAGCGGUACAGGGAUCUAAAACAGGUGGGGACAGGGGCGUACGGUACAGUCUGCUCUGCAGUGGACUUCAGGACAGGCACCAAGGUGGCCAUCAAGAAGCUCCACAGGCCCUUCCAGUCUGAGCUCUUUGCUAAGAGGGCCUAUCGGGAGCUGAGGCUGCUCAAACACAUGAAACAUGAAAAUGUGAUUGGCCUUGUGGAUGUAUUCACUGCUGAUCUCUCCUUAGACAGAUUCCAUGAUUUCUAUCUGGUGAUGCCUUUCAUGGGAACCGAUCUGGGGAAGUUGAUGAAGUUACAGCAGCUCUCAGAGGACAAAGUACAGUUCCUGGUCUAUCAGAUGCUGAAAGGACUCAAGUAUAUCCAUUCUGCUGGCAUAAUUCAUAGGGACCUCAAACCAGGGAAUCUGGCCGUUAAUCAGGAAUGUGAGCUCAAGAUCCUGGACUUUGGGUUGGCGCGGCAGGCGGACAGUGAGAUGACAGGCUACGUGGUGACCCGCUGGUACAGAGCCCCUGAGGUUAUCCUCAGCUGGAUGCACUACACCCAGACUGUGGACAUCUGGUCUGUGGGCUGCAUCAUGGCAGAGAUGCUGUCAGGGAAACCACUGUUCAAAGGCAAUGACCACCUGGAUCAGCUGACUGAGAUCAUGAAGGUCACAGGGACACCCACUCAGGAGUUCAUCACCAAACUGCAGUCUCAGGAUGCUAAAAACUAUGUCAAAAGCCUUCCCAAAGUGCAAAAGAAAGACCUUCAGGCACUCUUUUCCACAGUCAACCCACAGGCGGUGACAGUUAUAGAGCGCAUGCUGCUGCUGGACCCAGAGAGCAGGGUGACGGCAGCGGAAGCCCUCGCCCUGCCAUACUUCUCAGAGUUCAGGGAGCCAGAAGAGGAGACCGAGGCCCAGCCAUAUGACCACUCUGUAGACAACUCUGACCUGCCUCUGGAGCAGUGGAAACGUCACACGUUCACAGAGAUCCUGUCUUUCCAGCCCAUAGUGGUAGAGUCCAGGGAAACCGCACUGUAAGAUGAAGCGUCACACAAGGGAACCCCCCCCACCCCACCCCCACCAUUUUUACAAGUGUGUCAUCCUCUGUUCAAUCAUCAUUCUCAGUCCAUUGUGUGUGUGUGUGUGUGUGUGUGGGGGGGGGGGGGGGGUCCUCCUCUUGUGUGUAGUUUUUCAGCCAUUUUGACACCAAUGUGUUGUUGACUCCUGUAUAAAGCCCAUAUUCAACUGAAAUUCUAGGAUGUUUCCUUGUGUGUGUGUGUGUGUGUGUAGCUGUGUAGUCUAAACAUUUGUCUGUAACCACUACUGAUCUUUCCUAAACCUUGUAAUUCCCUCUUAUUGCCUUAAUGAAAGAACAAUAGCAUACAGCCAAACAACAUCUGAAAACCAUUUACUAAAGUGUAAGCACAGAAGCAGUUUUCUGCCAAGGAAUGCACAACACAUAAAAAUCAUUGGUAGCUUGUAAAAUGUUGCGCAAAAAAAUAUAUUUGUUUAUUUGCCAUUUACUGUAAUUUUUCCUUACACUGGUUGUAUUUUUUAUAAAACCCAGUUGUUAAAAAAAAACAAAUCCCAGAUAUGCCACUAUGCAAAUAUCAUGCCAUUAGGCUACUUACCCCAAUAUGUAAUCAAUAUAGCUUUUUUAUUUUAGAUGUAUGUAAAAAAUAUAUAUAUAUGUUUUAUGAUGGAAACAUGCAGUGAAUGCUCUGCCUGUAAUAAAACAAGGCAACAGUAAACAUGCCGUCCCCCAUGAAUGAUGCAGCGCACCCCCAAUUGCAAUAUUGCGUGUACCCACAAAUGAUCCAUUAUUAUUGACCAGAUACUCAAGUGGCCGCUCUAACAAUGAAAAUAAAUGUCUCCAAAAAGGGAAGGCAGUUAGCCUGGGUACCAGGCCAGGGCUUGACAUUCAGGUACAUUUGCCAGUGGCACACCGGGCCAUGAUCACAGGAAAGCAAGUUAUAUUCAAUUGUGUGUGAUUUCAUGUUUCAUUUGCAGUCUGGGCAAGUAUCUUAUAUUAUAGCCAACCAUAAAAUAUGAUAUUUACUCUGUUUGUUUGGAGAGAAAAAAUAUGAAACCAUCCCCCCCUCGCAAUGAUGACAUAUAGCCUAUAUUAAACCGUUUAAGAUGUAAUAUUACCCAGAAAUGAGCUCAAUAACAAAUUGAUGAAAAGCAAUAUCUUUAGGUACACAGUCCAUAUUAAUCAGGCAGGUGUGCUAUUUUAGCAAUAAGCCUUAUCACCUGUCUGAUGCAGCAUCGUGACUACAUGGCUGAAGCAUGGGGUUGCUCCUCUGCAUCGUUUACCACAAUGGGCUAAUCAUUAGCUAGAUCGCAGACUCUACAUAUGAUCUUGUUGCUUGUUUAAUGUCCUAAAAAGAACUCUCACUGGCACUAAUAAAAUCAUGGGAUUUUAAUUGUGUAA